AUGGAGGUCCACGCAGUCGCCAGUACCAGCCACUCUGCACCAGAGCCGCGCCCAUCCUCGCCAUUCCGCAAAAAGCGUCCGCGCCGCAUCUAUGACGUUGACGAUCGCAGCACCAAGGUCGACGUUGGCUCGACGCCGGGAACCUCAUGGACGCUAUCGUCGUACAAGCCGGGCUCUGGCGUAGCCGAGCUUCGGUCUGCGGACCUGACCAAGCUGUGGCAGUCGGACGGCAACCAGCCGCACCUGAUCAACAUACAAUUCGCACGGCGCACGUGCGUCACACACGUCUCCAUCUUUCUCGACGUCAAGCAGGAUGACUCGUACACGCCCACCAAGAUCGCCAUCAAGGCGGGCACCAACUACCACGACCUGACGCCCGUUCGACAGCGCACCUUCGACACGCCCCAGGGAUGGAAGCACUUUAGCAUGACACCUGGCACUGUAGACGCAGCUACGGAGGAGGAAGAUGAAGAGCGCGACGAGGCGGAUGGCGAGAACGAGCAGACCAACGGCGAGGGGGAGGAGGGAGGGUCGGAUGAAGAGGACGAGCAGGAUGGUAUACGCUUGUGGCUGCUGCAAGUGUGCAUUCUCGCCAACCAUCUCAACGGCAAAGACACGCACAUCCGCAGAAUCGUCGUGUUUGGUCCCAAGACGAGCCCCACAGCGUCCACAGGGAAGGGCACGGCUGGCGCUUUGAAACGAAUCCGCGACGUCAGUCUUGAUGCCACCGCGAACUCACGGUCAAAGUCUCGAACUGCUGUCGGGAACAACGGCUCUGACGUUACGCUUGCCCAGCUGUUGUCACUGCAAACCCAAGCGGAUGCGCAAGGCGCGGAAGAGGCCGCCAAUGCAGAUGCGGCUCCCACGCCACCCCGCAGAUCCGCCCUCAAUCUCUUCGGCAGUAUCCGCUGA